UUUUGAUCUUUUGAAAGAGAAUAGGUCAGAUCAGAUAUAAAGAAAUGAAUCUUAUGUGGCUUGGUUUACUUCGGUUAGUUCCCGUUUGGUUUAAUUUCUUGAAAAGCUGGGUUGGAGCCUGCUCCAUAUACCAUUUUUCUGAUGAGCGUGGUAGACGGCUUGCUAUCUGGAGUCUGAUCACUAGCACGGUGUGCUUUAUUUUUGCAUUUAAACUUGAAGACGGAUUCCUUUCCAGGUUUCUGUCAUUCACCUUAGUGGUUUCUCUUUUCACAACUGAAUACCUAAUCUAUGGUAGAUUGGGCAUCCAGGAUGUCUCACCUGUUAGUUUCUUUGAAGGCAUUGUAGCACGAUGGACGAUGCUGUUCCUGCAAUAG